AUGAUGGCUGGACGGUGCAAGCAGAUCUUGUGCCCUAGAGUUCCCUGGGGCCCAACCAAGGCGAUCGCUCGACUCCAGAGUACCGCCGCAAGACCCAACGCCACCGUCACAUCUGAACUACCUCCACACUCCAAAGUCUCCCCUCGGCUAUCCCCGCUCAAGGCUGCGAAGCCUUUCUCCGAUUUCCUCACCGAUACCUUCAAUCGCCAGCAUGACUAUCUCCGCAUCAGCGUUACGGAACGAUGCAACCUUCGGUGCUUGUACUGCAUGCCUGAGGAAGGCAUAGACCUGUCGCCCUCUGCCAAGCUCCUCACAUCCCCCGAGAUCCUCUAUCUAUCUUCCCUUUUUGUUUCACAGGGCGUUACCAAGAUUCGACUGACGGGUGGUGAACCGACAGUUCGGAAGGAUAUCGUACCGUUGAUGCAGGACAUUGGCAAGCUACGGCAGAACGGACUCCGGGAACUAUGUCUCACGACCAAUGGAAUAUCAUUACAUCGGAAGCUGGAUCUGAUGGUCGAGGCCGGUCUGACGGGAGUCAAUCUGAGCCUCGACACACUGGACCCAUUCCAGUUCCAGAUCAUGACGCGACGCAAGGGAUUCGACGCUGUGAUGAAGAGCAUCAAUCGUAUUCUGGAAAUGAAUAAGGUUGGAGCGGGCAUCAAGCUAAAGAUCAAUUGCGUUAUCAUGAGGGGGAUGAAUGACCGUGAGAUCCUCCCGUUCGUGGAACUAGGCCGUGAGAAGCCCAUUGAAGUGCGGUUCAUCGAGUACAUGCCUUUCGACGGGAACAAAUGGAACCAGGGCAAGAUGUUCUCCUACCAGGAAAUGUUGGCUGUCAUUCGGGAGAAAUAUCCCACCUUUGAAAAAGUGGAGGAUCACAAGAAUGACACUAGCAAGACAUACCGUGUGCCUGGGUUCGAGGGACGCGUCGGUUUCAUCACGAGCAUGACGCAUAACUUCUGUGGUACUUGCAAUCGACUCCGCAUCACUAGUGAUGGUAACCUCAAAGUUUGCUUGUUUGGUAACUCCGAGGUAUCCCUGCGCGACAUCAUUCGCAAAGAGAACGCCGGAAACCCGAUCGACUUGGAUGCGAUGAACGAUCUGAAACUACUGGAAACAGUCCAAACGGCAUCCCGCCUCAGCGAUGAAGGCGUUUUGGUCAACGAGCGAGAGCGCGAGAUCCUCGAUAUCAUCGGCAUGGCCGUGAAACGCAAGAAGGCGAAACACGCUGGUAUGGAACAGCUGAAGGAUAUGAAAAAUCGUCCUAUGAUCUUGAUUGACGAACUAGACAAUAAUGCGAAUCAACAACCAGCCUACCCUUUGACGGCCAGUACUAGUCCUCCCUGGUCGAAGAUCCCAGUCCACAUGUUACCAAAUCUACCAAUUUCCCAAGCCCGUCUCUACCACAACGGGCGCUCUGCUACCGAUUUCAAGGACCAAGACCAAAAGCAAACCACUACUCGCCCGUCUCCAUCUCUCCCAACAACCUCCGACGCAGACCUGCCACACCUAACCCCCUCCAAAACAGUCCACAUGACCCAAAUCACCUCAAAACCAGAAACAAAGCGCCUCGCCACAGCAGCAUGUACAGUCACCUUCUCAAAUGACCGGCCCUGGUCAAUCCUACGCAAAGGACAUACACACAAAGGUGACGUAUUCAGCGUCGCCCGGAUCGCCGGUAUCAUGGCUGCUAAGCGCACCCCUGACAUUGUCCCAUUGUGUCAUCCUGGUAUUGGAAUUACCGGGGUAGAGGUUAGUGUCGAGUUAAAUGAACCGGAGAAUAAUGGAUUUGGUUCUAUGAAAGUUGUUGCGAGUGUUAGUUGUUUCGGUAGGACGGGUGUUGAGAUGGAGGCUAUGACUGCUACUAUGGGGGCUGCUUUGACGGUUUAUGAUAUGCUCAAGGCUGUUGAUAAGGGGAUGGUCAUUGAGGCUGUUAGAUUGCUCGAGAAGCAGGGUGGGAAAAGUGGGCAUUGGCUUAGGGAGGAGAGAGUCUGA